AUGAGAUGGACGGAUGAGUUACUUGAUGUAUCUGUUAUUUUCUUGGAUCUUUUCAGCAAUAUAUCUGAUCUCAUGUUGCAGACAAAAGACCAUGUGAGGGAUGUUGGGUGUGAUAUAAGGAGAAAUGGUGGUCCCAGCAUCGACAGCAUCAUCGACAAUAACACUGCCUUCAGAAAGAAACCGAGAAGAGACAUUAGAACGUCUGUAGCUAGUCUGAAUCAAUUGGAUGACAUAAUUGGCCACUCUCCCUUGGUAGAUUUUGAAAACAACCAUCUCAUAUCGGUGAUCCGUGUGUUCAGAGAAGUUUAUGCAUUCACCAAUGUUAUUGUGCGAUUGUUGUUGAAAUUCUUGGCUAUUCCACUUUCAAAGACAGGAUCGAGAAGCACAUGGACAUUUGUCUCAAGAUAUAUAUCCAAAGGUAAAGUGGUACCAGAAGAAAAAGCUGUGCGCUAUUGA